GAGCACCCACCCGGUCACCCAUGAGGCUGGAGGCCGCAGCCAGGAUGGAUCUGUUCAGGAAGCUGUGGAGGGCGAGGAAUCUGAUCGUGGUGAUUUUCAUCCCGCUGUCCCUGUUGCCACUUCCUCUCGUCCACCCCACCAGCGAGGCAUGUUGCGCAUAUGUGCUUAUCGUGACGGCAAUCUACUGGGUGUCGGAGGCUGUUCCCUUGGGUGCUGCCGCCCUUGUUCCCGCCUUCCUCUACCCACUCUUUGGGGUCCUCAAGUCAAGUGAGGUGGCGGCCGAGUACUCGAAAGACACCACGUUGCUGCUGAUGGGAGUCAUCUGUCUGGCCGCCUCCAUCGAAAAGUGGAACCUGCACAAGCGCAUCGCAUUGCGCAUGGUGAUGGUCGCCGGGGCCAAGCCUGGCAUGUUGGUGCUGGGCUUCAUGUGUUGCACGGUCUUCCUGUCCAUGUGGCUCAGCAACACGUCCACCACAGCCAUGGUGAUGCCCAUCGCCGAGGCUGUCCUGCAGCAACUCAUAUGCACCGGCAUGGCCGACAACCUGGAACCCGACGCCACGGAGGACGACAGCGCCGUUUCAGACAAGGAGGAAAAACUGGACAAGAACCAACUGGCGCUGCUGUACCGUAAUAACAGCAACAAUUGCGACAAACAGGAACUGUCUACACUUAGUGAGGAUCAGACGGGAGAAGCCAACGGGGUCGUCGCGAAUCCAAUUAGCAACCAAGAUUGCAUCACACAUACCAACGGACACUUGCCGCAGGUAGCCAUCGAAAUCCCAAACGUGAAGCGCGUGAAGGCCCGGCGAGACUCACAGUAUCCUACCAAGCGGGAUCACAUGAUCUGUAAAUGUCUGACACUCAGCAUCACCUACGCCGCGACCAUCGGCGGGCUCAUCACCAUCACCGGCACGUCCACCAACCUCAUAUUCGCCGAGCAGUUUAACACGCGCUAUCCAGAUGCCAAAGUGAUCAAUUUCGGCACGUGGUUCAUCUUCAGCUUCCCCAUCGCCAUCAUCAUGCUGUUCCUCACCUGGUUGUGGCUGCACUUCCUCUUCCUGGGCUGCAACUUCAGGGAAACGUGCUCGCUGAGUAAGAAACGCAAGUCCAAGAGGGAGAUGAUGUCCGAGAAGAGAAUCCACGAGGAGUAUGAAAAACUGGGGCCGAUCAGCUAUCCAGAGGUCGUCACCGGUGUUUUCUUCAUUCUGAUGACUCUGCUGUGGUUCACGCGAGAGCCCGGUUUUGUGCCAGGCUGGACCUCGCUUUUUGAGAAGAAAGGCUAUCGGACCGACGCGACGGUGUCGGUCCUCCUGGGCUUCCUGCUCUUCCUCAUUCCUGCAAAGCGACCCUUCUCCUCAACCCGUUUGAGCUACAGAGACCCAGCAUCAGACCCGCUGUCUCCCAUGAUCACCUGGAAGGACUUCCAGAGGCUCAUGCCGUGGGAGAUCGUCAUCCUGGUGGGCGGGGGCUACGCACUGGCCGCCGGCUGCAAGGUGUCCGGCUUAUCGGUGUGGAUCGGCCGCCAGCUGGAACCCAUGAGCGGACUCCCGCCCUGGGCCGUCACCCUGCUCGCCUGCCUGCUGGUGUCGGCGGUCACCGAGUUCGCCUCCAACCCGGCGACGCUCACCGUCUUCCUGCCCAUCCUCUCUGCGCUGUCCGAGACCUUACGCAUCAACCCCCUGCACACUUUAAUCCCCUCCACUAUGUGCGUGUCAUUCGGGGUCAUGCUUCCAGUGGGGAACCCCCCCAACGCCAUCGUCUUCAGCUACGGCCACCUGCAGAUCAGCGACAUGGUGAAAGCGGGUUUCGGGGUGAACCUGAUCGGCGUUGCCGUGGUGAUGUUGGCCAUCACCACGUGGGGAGUGCCCCUCUUUAAUUUGACUGAGUUUCCAGCCUGGGCUGUGGCCGCAAACAUUACCAGCAGUUUAUAGCCAUGCCCUUGCCUCCACUCGGAGGAAAAUGAGAUGACCAGAGAGUGUUAAGAAAGCCUUUCUACAGAAGAGGAGGCAUGAAAAGUCUUGACUGAACUUAUGAGAAGGGGGAUAGAGGGAAGACGCUGCUUUAGGGGGCAAUCUGCGAUUCACAAUGAAAGCUGUUUUAAAAAACAAACAACGAUAUUUUAUAUCCGUAAAUGUAUGUAAUUACUGUAUUCACUGUGUGAUGGCCUUUCAAAGUUCUUUCUGCUGUACAGUAUUUUGGGAAAGCAUUUUCAGUAGUGCCUUUAAAUUAGUCAACAGUACAGUAAAAGAAUGUCAUUGUAGCUUUACGGGUGCAAUUGUUGUGAUGACAGAGAACAGAGGAUGAAAAGAUCAUGAUUUUUUUUCAUACAGGUCAAACAUACAAAGGAAGGGGGCGGGGUAUCCUAAUUUGCUCCACAGAAACGAGGCAAGGAUUUUUGGUGUCACCGUAAUCACAGAUUAAAUAAAUCGAUUUUAGAAGAAAAAAAAAACAUCUCAAACGUUUUACAGUUGAAUAACAAGCUGCUGAAGGAUGAAUGUUGCCUCGGAGAUGUGGAGGAGUUUUUUUUUUUUGGAACGCAACAUUAUGGUUCAAAGGGUGAGCGCACAUAUUUGCAUUUCAUGAUAAUCAAUGUUCAAUUAAAUCUGGCGGUAGGUCAAAGUAUUAACGUGUACUCCGCAAAGAAAUGUCAAAGUUGUUUUAUAUCUUUACACGACGGAAUGUUUGGCUUUUUUUUUUAUCAUCUAGCUCUAACAUAAUUAUUUCAUCGGGAGAAUCACCAAGACUAUGCAUUUAUUCUUUUAUUUGUAAUUUAUUCAAGUUGUCAUGCUGAGUGCAUCUCAGUGAAGUCGCUGUCAAGGCCUUUCAAGCCCAUUUUUGUAACUGCAUACCAACCAACAUAAAGCGCUGGUUCCGUGGAUUUACAGACACGAAAAGUUAGGAAGAACAAAUAUGUGUACAAGAAUAAAAUGCAUUAAACCAA